UUUAAUUUUUCUUAUUUUUUAUGGUAACACGUCACCAUUUGGUUGGUCACUUUUAAGCGGUGGAAACAUGCUUCUUAUUCAACCAAAGUCUGCCAUCCAUUUAUAUAUGAUACCAAUGACCAUCUCUGUAUCUCUUCUUUCCACACGCAUACCAAAUCUGGAAUUGGCAAAUUUGGAUUCCUAAAUCUACUAAAAUCUUCAAUUACCAUUCUACCGAUCCUUAAUUUCCUUGUCAAAACAGUUAAUUUAUGGUUAUUGAUCAUCCUUAAUUACAAUUUUUUUGAAUUAUACAUACAGACAGAUAUAUAAGUAGGAUAUCGGACUCCCAGUUUGUAAAUUCCGAUCGGAGUUCUUUAAUCGAUUGAGAAUUGGCGUUCUUGUGAAUUGAUUCUGCGCCAUGGCGAGGAGAGAGAGAAAUUGCAGAUCAUCAUCGAUCGGAAGGAGGAAAAGGAAGAAAAACUCGGUUAGUAUCAACGGAAAAGGUAAAUUAACGAAACGACGACGGUCGCAGCGACGGCCGGUGGUCGGAUCUCUUCCCGGCGAUCUGUUGAUUGAUGUACUUGCUCGAGUUGCAUCCUCUUCCUUCACGGAUCUCUUCAAUGCCAAAUUAUGUUGUAGGGAAUUUCUUGGAGCCGCAGAAGACGAAUCGAUCUUUCAACAUGUUUCAAUUGACAAGUUUCCCGUAAUUCAUUGGUUUCCUCCGAGUAAUGAACUGCUUUCUUUCCUAAAUCGUUGCAUCGAUUUAGGAAACCCUGAGGCAAUGUUCAGACAAGGAAUGAUAGAAUUCUUCAGUCUUGCGAGGAUAGAAACAGGGCUCGAGUACUUGAAAAGGGCAACUGAGAAAGGUCAUGUGGAGGCGACGUAUGUUUAUGGUAUGAUUAUGCUCUCUAGAGGUGGUCAAUCAAGUCAACAAGGCUUGGAUAUCUUAAACUCAAUGAAGGUUGGGUGCAAAUGUGAAGAUAGAAAUAAUGUUAGAAAAAGAAAAUUUGACGACGAAGACGAGGUUAUAGGAUGUGAUGCUUGUGGGUGGUAUCGUGAGGUCAUCUCCUUUUGUAAAAUAGUAGACGGUGUCGUUUAG